AAACAGUUGAAGGGAGCAGUGUUGACACAGGACGGUUUUGCAGUCUUGUUCACUUCUGUCGGUAUCCUAACUUUCAUUGCAUCUACAUUAUUUUAGCUCCACGUUUUUCCUUAGAGCACUAACAAAUUAACUCUGAAACGAUGCCUGUGUCUCAAAAAGCAAAAAAGGGGGCCGUGUCCCAGCCCAAGGCCGCUGCUUCAAAGGGAACCAAAACGGCAAGCAAGAAAAAGGACGAUGAGGACGGCCAAGACUUUGGUGAUGGGGGUGAAGACUGGCUCCAAGGAAAAACUUUGGUGAAACCCCCUGACCAGCUAGACCUUACUGAAGCAGAACUGAAGGAGGAAUUCACAAGGAUCCUCACGGCCAACAAUCCACAUGCUCCACAGAAUAUUGUUCGCUACAGCUUCAAAGAGCGCUCUUACAAGACCAUCAGUAGUGUUGACCAACUCGCAGUACACUUCGUCCUGGAGGGAAAUCUUCUUCACAAGGACUCUGACGAAGCUCGCAGGCAAAGGGCCAAACAAGGUCUCCCAGAAGAGAAACCGGUGGACACUGCGGCAGCGGAGACAGAUGAGGAGAAGGUGGAGACUCCGGGAGAUGCAGGAGAGGAGGCGGGCGAGGACGGCGGCGCGGAGGAGAGGCCCGACAGCGAGGAGGUCAAGAGCGGCCAGAAGGAGCAGAAGAAGCUCACCAACCAGUUCAACUUCAGCGAGCGCGCCUCCCAGACCCUCAACAACCCCCUCAGGGAGAGGGAAUGUCAGACGGAACCCCCUCCUCGUGCAAACUUCUCAGCCACAGCCAAUCAGUGGGAGAUCUAUGAUGCUUAUUUGGAGGAGCUGCAGAAGCAGGAGAAGAAUAAGGAGAAGCAGAAAGCUCAGCCCACUAAGAAAGAGGAGGACAAAGGCAAGAAGAAGAUGAUGAUGGUAGAAAUGCAGAGUGAUGACAUCAGUAAAGUGGCAAAGGCCACAAAGAUCGUGGAGCGCAUGGUCAACCAGAACACUUUUGACGACAUUGCCCAGGACUUCAAGUACUUUGAGGACGCCUCGGACGAGUUCCGGGACCAGGAGGGCACUCUGCUGCCACUGUGGAAGUUCCAGUAUGACAAAGCCAAGAGACUGGCUGUCACCGCCCUCUGCUGGAGUGAAAACUACAGAGAUCUGUUUGCCGUGGGCCUUGGGUCGUAUGACUUUACUAAACAGGGCCGAGGCAUGCUGCUGUUCUACUCGCUGAAGAACCCCACCUACCCGGAGAACACGUACCUCACCACGUCCGGCAUCAUGUGCCUGGACAUCCACCCGCGCAUCUCCUACCUGGUGGCCGUGGGCUUCUACGACGGCUGCGUGGGCGUCUACAGCCUGAAGGAGGAGAGCAGCCAGCCCAUCUACAAGAGCACGGCCAAGUCCGGCAAACACACUGACCCCGUCUGGCAGGUGCGCUGGCAGAAUGAUGACAUGGACCACAAUCACAACUUCCUCUCUGUGUCGUCAGAUGGCAGAGUAGUGUCCUGGACCCUGGUCAAGAAUGAGCUGGUGUAUACAGACAUCAUUAAGCUGUCCUUAGAGGGCCCACCGUCAGAUGGGACAGAAGGCAUGCAGCUGCCAACCAUGGCCUGCGGCACAUCGUUUGACUUCCAUAAGCAGAUUGACUACCUGUUCCUGGUUGGCACAGAAGAAGGAAAGAUCCACAAGUGCUCCAAAGCGUACUCCAGCCAGUUCCUCCAGACGUAUGAUGCCCACAACAUGGCAGUGGACGCGGUCAAGUGGAACCACUUCCACCCCAAAGUCUUCAUCUCCUGCAGCUCUGACUGGACCGUCAAGAUCUGGGACCACACCAUCGACACGCCCAUGUUCACCUUUGACCUUAACUCGGCGGUGGGGGACGUGGCCUGGUCUCCGUACUCGUCCACAGUGUUCGCCGCCGUCACUACCGACGGGAGGGUCCACGUUUUUGACUUGAGCAUCAACAAGUACGAGGCCAUCUGCCAGCAGCCCGUGGUGGCCAAGAAGAAGACCAAGCUGACGCACAUCCAGUUCAACCCCGAGCAUCCCAUCAUCAUCGUCGGGGACGACCGCGGCUACGUCAACAGCCUCAAGCUCUCGCCCAACCUACGCAAGAAGCCCAAGGAGAAGAAAGGCCAGGAGGUGCCCAAGGGGCCGGAGGUGGAGAUCGCCAAGAUGGAGAAGCUCCUGAGCUUACUGAGGGAGCCGGAGAGCAACAGCAAUUAAAGAACGGAGACGGACACCUCUCGUCUCACUGACCGCUCCUCUCUCACUCUUCAUCUCUGACUCUUCAUCUCUCUCUCUCUCUCUCUCUCUCUCUCUCUCUGUACCCUGCUAUGUAUGUCCAGCCAAACUCUGAAGGCCACUUUAUAGAUCCUACAGUAUAGUCGAAUUCAAGGUCUACACAGAAAAUGAAUUAAAUGGAAUCUGUCCAAAAAUA